ACUCCUGUCGCCUCCAUCUCCUUGGGAACAAGGUGAGUCUGAAGCUCCUUCUCUUCCUUCUUUUCUUCUUCCUCCUCCUAUUCCUCCUACGGGAUUUCUCAGCACAAAACUGCCUUUUGUCCUUGCUGGGUCAUGGAGCUCCUUGUCAUGAGAGAAGGAUGGAGGUAUUAGGUGUGGCAUGGAAUGAGGUUGGGCUUGGCUGAAAUGUCUCCUGAGCUACGGGCUAGGAGGGGAUCUCCCUGGGCAUGUUUGCUCUUCUGAGGAGUCUUUUGGGCUGAGGGGAAGGUGAGGACAGCGGGCCUCCCUACACAGCGUCCAGCUCUCACCUCCAGCUUGUGGCUUUUCUCCCUUGUGGUGGGCCUACAGGCUUCUCCUCACCCAGCCCUUGUUCUCUGCUUCCCCCUGUGCGCUCUCCCCCAGGUGCACCUCUGGACCCAAGACAUGUCCUGCUACAGCCAGUGCCUGCCCUGCCAGCCCUGCGGCCCGACCCCGCUGGCCAACAGCUGCAAUGAGCCCUGUGUCAGGCAGUGCCAGGACUCCACCGUCGUCAUCCAGCCCUCCCCCGUGGUGGUGACCCUGCCCGGCCCCAUCCUCAGCUCCUUCCCACAGAGCACCGCCGUGGGAUCCUCCACCUCCGCUGCCGUUGGCAGCAUCCUCAGCUCUGAGGGAGUGCCCAUCUCCUCCGGGGGCUUUGGCCUCUCCGGCUUCGGCAGCCGCUACUGCGGCAGGAGGUGCCUCCCCUGCUAAAGCUGCUGGCGAUGGCCGUGGGCAAGGCCACCAGGGACCCAGGAGAUGGUACCGCACUGGGGACGGAGCAUCGGCUUGUUGCUUUCAGAGAGGCUGAGCAACCCCAGCACCUCUUGCAAAAGGACGGGGCCAGCCUCAGCUCUGAGAAAGCACAGCCCUUGCCUGCCUUUCCCCUCUUCCGCUCUCUCCUUUCCCUCCCGUCUCCUUGGUCGCUUGUGCUGCCCUGGGCUGUGAGCCCCACAAAGCCAGCCUAGGGAAGAGCUGCUGACCCUCCAGCCUCUGUGGGGCAGGCAGAUGGACACUUGGCAGGAUCUCCAGCACAGCCAUGGGGUGCAGACUCUUAUAUGCCCCUGGUGCUCCCUGCACUGGGUCCUUGACUCAGACUGAUGUUGUUUCCCUCUUUUGACUCAUUAAAGUUCUGCUGCAUCCCA